CUUUGAGUAUAGAUUUGAAUAAGAAACUAACAUUCCCCUUAUUGAUAUUAUUACCCAUUAUAUUUCUAAUAAAAAGGAUUGAAGUCAAUCUUCUUUUUAAUGAUAAUGAAUAGUUACUAUGCCAAAAUUUAAUAUAAACUUUUGAGUUCUAUAAAGAUCAUGUGGAUACAACCAGACACAGACACACACACACACACAUAUAUAUAUAUAUAUAUAUACAUAGAUACGCAUAUACAAACAUACAUACAUGCAUCACAGAUACAAACAUAGUUUUGGGCAAAUUUAAAAGGAACUCAUUAUGAUCUGGGUAAUUGAUUCAUUCAGAAGACAAAUAUUUAUCACUAUGCAAUAUCAUCAUCAUUGAAAUGAUCAUUUUGACAAAAGAACAUUUCCUUCAUGACUUUUAUUGAUUGAUUAUGAUUUUGUUUGUUUGAAUCAAUGAAUAAACAGUAUAGAAAUAGAAUAAUCAUCAUAACAAUGUCUAUUUACUACUACUACUACUACUACUAUUUACAUGAUUAUUAAGUAGUAUACAUUGAUUAAGUGGAUUCAUUAUUUUACAUUAAUCCAUUUCAUCUAUAGUGACAAAUGAUUCCUUUAUUCUAUCAUGUGAUUCAAUUUGGAAUAUGCUUAAAACCAAACAUUAAACGCUUAAUGUACACCUUCAAAAUCAUAUCAUUUAUACAAAAGUAUAGAUAGAUUGUAUUUAUAUGAAAUUGUAGUCAAAUGAAUACAGACGGUGGACGUUUUGAUUUUAAUGAUGGUGGUACUUAUAUUGGUAAUUGGUAUCAAGGUUCAGCUCAUGGACUUGGUUUAGCUACAGGACCAAAUGGUAUUGGUGAAUAUUCUGGUGAAUGGAAUUUAGGCUUUGAAACAUGUGGUGUAUAUUUAUGGCCAAAUGGAAAUAUGUACGCUGGUACAUGGAUUAAAGGUAAACGUCAUGGUAAUGGUAUUCAAGUAAGAGGAAAAUGGAUUUAUCAAGGUGAAUUUAAUUCAGGUGCUUUUAAUCAAUAUGGAGUGAAAACAUCAAUAAAUAAUCAAGCAAAAUAUGAAGGUAGUUGGAAUGUAAAUCGAUUUGAAGGUUUUGGAAUUGAAACAUGCGCUGAUGGAAGUAUAUAUGCUGGUGCUUGGUCAAAAGGAUUUCGUCAUGGUUUAGGUGUUCGUAAAUCAUUUAUUAGUUAUAAAACUAAUACAACAUUAUCAGAUAAUUCACCAAAUACUACUAUAAACACGGAAACAAUAACUACUACUACUAAUCCUAUUACCACCAUCACCACCACCAUCACCAUCACCACCACCACCUGUACCACCACCACCACCACCACAACAACAACAACAACAACAACAACAAAGAUACCGAUUACAAAAACAGAAUAUCUAAAUGAAUUAGAUCAAAUGAAAAACAUUCAUAUCAUUAAUCAAUCACUUAAAUCUAAUGAUAAACAUCAUAGUUCUAAUAUAAAUUUACCAUUCAAAGAAACUUUAUCCGUAAGUCGUAAAGCUGUAAUUGGUAGAGCAAUUAUGCGUCGAUUAAAAAAACAACAUUCAGCGAUUGAAUUAGGUCGGUCAAUAAAUAGUACUAAUACUACUCCUACUACUCCUACUACUACUAAUACUAAUACUACUUAUAACAAUACUACUACUACUACUAAUGACAAUACUACUACUCCUACUACUACUAAUACUACUAUGAAUAAUCCAUUAAGUAAUCUAAAUGAUACACAUGGAAAUAAUACAACAAAUAAAGAAAAAAUACAAAAAAAUAUUGAUUAUAUUAUUGAUUUUCAAUCAAAUAAUACUAAUAAUCAAUAUAUUAGUGUAAUAGAAAUAUAUUCUGGUGAAUGGUUUCAAGAUCAACGUUCUGGUUAUGGUAUAUCAGAACGUUCUAAUGGUAUAAUAUAUAUUGGUGAAUGGAUACGUAAUCAAAAACAUGGUUAUGGUCUAUUAAUUAAUCCAAAUGGUACACGUGAUGAAGGACAAUUUCAAGCGAAUCAAUUAAUUAAUAAAAUUAAUCGUAAAAAUAAAUUACAUUUAGUACGUCAAACAAAAUUAAAAGAAUGUGUUGAAUAUGCAUUAAUACGUGCUGAAAUUGCAGCAAAACAAGCGAAAUUAAUAGCAUUAGAAGAAGCAAAAGAAAAUGCAUUGAAAGCUCGUAAAGCAUCUGAUUUAGCCAUGUCUAUGAUACAGAAAGCAUUGCAUUUAUCCAAUCAAGCAAGAGAAUUAGCAUUUCAAUUAGAACCGAAAUUUCAUCAACCAGGAAUUGAAUGGAGAAAAAAAUGUCAAUAUGAAAUCAUGAUUGAUGAUUCUUCUAAUGAAAUAAAAUCUUCAAGAUUAUAUUCAUCUAAUAAUUCUAUGAAUCAUUUGCCAACUUCUUCAAAUUUCCCAAUAAAUCAAUCUUAUUCAUCUUCUUCUCCAAUAUUAAAAAUAGAAGAUAUGACAUCUCAUUUAAUGAAUAGUUCAACAAAUCAACCAUUUAUUCAUGAUCGUUUACAACGACAAUAUCCUCAACAAUUACAAUUAUAUUCAAUGAUUAAACCUUCUACAUAUUCAUUAACAAAUAUACAAGAAUUGAAACAACAACAACAACAACAACAACAACAACAGCAACGACAGCAAUAUCCACAAAAAAGACGUAAAUUCUUUCAAAAAUUCUUAUCACGUGACUCUACACCAAAUUCAAUGGAUCAUAUCGAUGAAACAUCUAUGGAUAUAUUUGAAUGUUUUGCAAAUUUGAAUAAUCCACAAUUACAUCGAUCUGUAAAACCAAUGACAAAGAGUAAUGAAUUACUGAAUGUUACCGUGUCACCACCACCAUCGGCAUCAUCAUCAUCAUCAUUAACGACAACAGCAACAACAACAAUAGGAACAAGAACAACAGGAACAACAAUAACAAUAACUGAUGAAUGUAUUCGUCCAUUUUCUGCACCUCAUAAAACAUUUAUGAAUGAAACAUUAUUAAAUGUUAAAGGUAUAACACGAAGUUAUUCACCUAAUGAUAGAAUAAUAUCACCAUUAAAAGAAGUUUCUAAUGAAGAUGUAGAACAAAAAACUAUACCAAUAGAAAGAACUAAUGAAAUGUUAACAAAACAAAUGAGUUCAUCCACUGGUGAUAUUAUAGAUAUAUGUAAAACAUCAAUAGAACCUUAUAUGAAUAGUAUGGUUAAUAUAUCAUCAUAUCGACAACAGUAUCAACAACCAUUGAAUCAUUUAACUUCUUAUACAAAAUCGUAUACUUCUGAAGGAUAUACUUUAUUACCUAAUCAACAUAUUAAAAAAACAUUAUCUCCAAUCCAUUUAUCAACUACUCUACCUAAUAAUACUUCUAUUACAUUAACUCAUAUACCAAAACCUUCUUUAUUAUCGAAUGAAUUGAUGAAUAAACAAAAUAAUCAUGAAAUAUCAUCGAAUAAAAUCAAUAUUCAAUCAAAUUCAUCACAUCCACCUAAAUUAAGUAUGAAUUCAACACAAGAUUCUGGUUAUUUAUCUAUAGAUCCAUAUGAAACUUAUUCUAUUCAAGAAUCAUCUAUGAAUAUGAAUAAACCAACAACAAUUUUAUAUAAACCUACAUUACAAUCAAUCAUUAUGAGAUCUGAUCAAAUGGAUUAUAAUCAAAGAUUAAAUUCGAAAAAAUGUAUCAUUCAAUCAUCAAAUUAUUAUUUUACAAAUGUAUCACCAAAAGUGAAAAAAUUAAAAAUUCCUAUCAAUCAUGAAGAGAUUUCACAAUUCAAUAAACGACAUAUUAUUAUAGCACGACGUAAAUUAUCAACAAGUCCUAAACGAUCUCAUCGAUCAUAUAGUCCCUAUCAUACUGAAGUCUCUAAACAACUCAAAUCUCAUAUUCAUCCACAUUAUUGGAUACCAGAGAAUUAUACAAGUUAUUCAAAGAUGGAUAGUAAACAAUUCAAUAUACCACAAUCUCAAUUAUCAUCAAUACAACCAAUCACUAAAUCGAUUCAUUCAUAUCCAUUAGAUGAUACUGUUGAUGGAAUUGUACCAGAUGUUGAAUGUAUCAGUGAAAAGUCAGAAUUAAGUUCAACAACAAUUCAAUCAACACCUUAUGAUCAAUCAAUCAAUAUUGAUUCAACAAUGAAUGAAUCAGAUCCGAUUCAUAUAAGAGAAUCUCCUAUGGAUUUAAAGAAAUUAUAUUUAUUACGACAUAUUAAUCCAUUAGAUAAUAAUCAAUGGGAUAAUACAAAUUCAUAUGAUGUUAAUCAAUAUCAAUUACCGACAGUUUACGCUACUGAUGACGGACAUCAUGAUGGUGAUGAUAAUGAUGAUGUGAAUGAAAAUGUACGUCCGGUUAUUAUCAAUCCUACUGAUGAUAUAGAUGAUGACGAUAAUGUUUAUGAAGAUAGUGCAACUUUAUAUAAACAGUCUAUAAUUCCAAGGGGUCAUCAUCACUCGUUGGAACGAUAUGGAUCAUUGUUGCCAAAUCAAAGAUUACCUGAUGGUAAACGAAUUAUGAUGAAUGAUCGUUCAACACAAUCUCAAACGAAAUUAUACACUAUACGUAAUUCUAAUUGCUAUCAGAAUUUGCCUCAAAUACCUACCAGUAAAAUGUUAUCUUCACCUUCAUUUAUACAUAAUGAUCAUAUUUAUCAAACAGAUGAAGAUAUUCAUUCAAUGAAUUAUGGAAGAUUUACAUCUGUUGAAUAUAUAAAACCAUCCCAAGGAACUUCGUAUGAAAUACAAGAUUCCACAUAUAUAGAUCCCCGUGAAAUGAAUCGAAUAAAACAAACAAAUUUAGAUAAUCAUAAUCAAUAUAUAAUGAAUAGAACACUUACAGAUAAUAAACAAUUUCGACCAUCAUCAUCACCAUCAACCUCAUCAUUGACAUUAUCCUUGUCAUCGUCAUCCUCCGCCGCCUCCUCCUCCUCCUCCUCAUCAUCAUCAUCAUCAUCAUCAACAACAUCAACAUCAUCAUCAUCAUCAUCAUCAUCAUUAUCUACACCAACAUUAUCUACAGUAUAUACAAAUUCAAUAUGUCCAAGUAAAUGUGUUUCUACACCAUUAACAAAUGCUAAUAUAUUAUGGAGUCAAGAAAUGAAUCCAUUUUCUUUAAGAAAUUCAAUGUAUACAAGAUCAUUAAAACAAUUUCCUAAACAAUUUAUACAAUCUACAUAUCCAAAUUAUAUGUCAUGUAGUUUAACUAGCAAACAAUUUCAACAUAUUUAUCCUCCUCCUCCUCCUCCUCCUCCUCAUCAUCAUCAUCAUCAUCAUCGUCAUCAGCAGCAGCAACAACAACAACAGCAACCACAACAACGACAGCAACAGGAACAACAACGAAAGCAACAGGAGCAACAACGACAGCAACAACAACAACUACUACUACAACGUCAAUCACCAUAUCAACCAUUAGUUGUAUCAAAUUGUUCAUUAUCUCCAUUUAAUAUAAAUCAUAAUGUCAUGAAAUAUUCUACUAUUCCAUUAGAUAAAACAAUAUUCAUGAAAAGAAGAAGAAGACGAUUGACUACUGAUAUAGAUGUCAACAAUUUCAUUUUUACAAAUAGUAGUAAUAAUACUACUACUAGUAAUAAUAAUAAUACUAUGAAUAUUGAUUAUGGCACUACCGAUACUACUACUAAUACUACUGAUACUACUAAUAAUGAGAAAUGGUUAUAUAAUACAAUACAAUCGAAUGAAAUCAAUCUAUCAUCAAUAAAAUCAAAUCAAUUAAGUAAUUUUCAUAUCAAAGAAGAUCGAUUAUUCAUGAAUAAACAUCGUCGUUGUAUAAGUUGGCCUCAUACAUUAUAUGAAACUAUACCAAAGAUAUGCUACAAUGAAUAUAAACAUUCUAUGAUCACUACUAAUAGAAUUAAUAAUAGUAAUGAAUUAAAACAAAAAACAUUGAAUAGUUUACCGGUUACAUUGAAUUCAAAUAGAAAUGUAAUGGAUUCAUACAUUUCAACAACGAAUACAUCGAAUAAGUUAAAUGAGACUUAUUUUUCAUAUAAUAAUCCAUGGUACUCAUUAACUUUAAUGAAUACAGUCAUAUUAAUAUUGGUACUUAUUAUUUCAUUGAUCAAUUGGUUAUGGUAUGAAGAGAAACGAAGAAAAUCGAAUAUACCUUCUUGA